AGAGCUGAUUGGUAGUUAUGUUUUUUCGAGUUCUGAUUGGCUGAUCGGGUCGACCGCGAGGUUUGAAACCAGCAGAGAACGAAGAGGGGCGUUUUUGGAGGAAUUUCGCUCGUGGCUGGUGUAGGAAAGUGGGAGCCCGAGAUCGGCGGACCUUGUAGAGUAACGGCACGUGGUUAUCAUGGCCUACAAACUUGCCUCCCCUGUUGGGCUGUUAUCGGAUGAAGAAGCUGCAGUCUCCCCUGUACUGGAAUCCACCGUGGCAGACUGUGGCACUGGUUUCCGCAGAGCUCUUCUGUCCGACUUCUCUGCCAUCUCUGCAAGCCAUGAACAGACUAUUUGUGAUGACUAUGGGAAAGUGAAGGUGUUUGCAAGAGUGCGGCCCCUGAAGCCAGCUGAGGUGGAGAAACAAGAGGAUCAAGGCUGCAUCUGCAUUGAGAAUCCUGAGACUCUUCUUCUCAAAGCACCCAAGGACUCCUUCACCAUGAGGAAUAUGGAGCGAGGGGUUGGUCAGGCAGUGCACAGAUUCACCUUCAGUCAGAUCUUUGGGCCAGAAGUGGGCCAGAAGUCUUUCUUCGACGCCACGAUGAAGGAAAUCGUGAAAGAUGUCCUCAGUGGGCAGAACUGGCUUGUUUACACCUAUGGGGUUACUAAUUCAGGGAAGACCUAUACCAUCCAGGGAAGUGGUACUGAUGGGGGCAUCCUGCCUCACUCCCUGGCAGUCAUAUUCAGCAGCAUUGGGACACGGCUGUACCAGGCUACAGACCUGAAGCCCUUCCUUUCUAGUGAGGUGACCUGGCUAGACAGCAAGCAGGUCUGCCAGGAGGAAGCCAAGAAACAAGCCUUGUUAUGCAGCAAAAUCAAAGAGGAUGAACUGCUUACUUCUCUGAAUAAAAACCAUAGCACAGCAUCUCAGCACCAGGCAGUCACAAGUAACAUGGACAGCGGCAUUGGCGGCCUCUCCUCUACCUGCCACUCUGCCAACCAGACCAACUUUAACCAGCUGGAAGAAACAAGACCUCACUGGGCUGACCCCGAUAAUAUCUUGCUGAUGGUUCAAGAGGAUGUGCAGUUUUCCAUCUGGGUCUCCUUCUUUGAGAUCUACAAUGAAAUGAUUUAUGACUUGCUGGAUAUGACUGUGCUUGGCUCAGCCCGCAAGAGGCCCACACUGCGGCUAUGUGAGGAUCAGACUGGCAACCCCUAUGUCAAAGAUCUAAACUGGAUCAAUGUUCAAAAUGCUGAGGAGGCCUGGAAACUGCUGAAAUUGGGUCGGAGGAAUCAAAGCUUUGCCAGCACCCACAUGAACCAGAAUUCUAGCCGCAGUCACAGCAUCUUCUCCAUUCGAAUUCUGCACCUACGUGGAAGCAGUGGUGAGAUGGUCCCAAAGAUUAGCGAGCUGUCCCUGUGUGACCUUGCUGGCUCAGAACGCUGCAAGGAGCAGAGAACUGGAGACCGUAUGAAGGAGGCAAAUAACAUUAACACCUCUUUGCAUACACUGGGCCGUUGCCUUGCCAUGCUGCGCCAGAACCAGCGGUCUAGGUUGAAGCAUGUGGUGCCUUUCCGAGACAGCAAGCUAACCCGUGUGUUCCAAGGUUUCUUUACAGGCCGUGGGCAGUCCUGUAUGAUUGUCAAUAUGAACCCAUGUGCCUCUUCCUAUGAUGAAACCCUCCAUGUGGCUAAGUUCUCUGCCAUUGCCAGCCAGCUUGUACAAGCUCCGGCAAAGAUGGGACUCCUGACCAUUCAGUCUCUUAUCAAAGAGCAUGGCAUUCGAACUAGCAAGGCUCCCGUGGCAGCCUCGGAACAAGAAACGGAACCUGAUGAAGAGAGUGAGGAUGAAAUGGAUGUCACCACUUAUGAUAAAGAGGACCUGUUACGUGUGGUUGAGGCUGUGCAAGAUCUGCUGCUGAAGGAGCGCCAGGAGAAGCUGCAGCUGGAAAUGCGUCUCCGUAACGAGAUCUGCAAUGAGAUGAUGGAACACUUGCAACAGAAGGAGCAGUGGAACAGCGAGCAUUCAGAUGCCCAAAAGGAGAUGGUGGAGGAGCUGUAUGAGGACAAGCUGAACAAUCUGAAGGAGACACUGACUGAUUAUUAUCAAGAGGAGAUUGAGAAUCGAGAUGAAAGAAUACAAGAGCUGGAAGCUGCACUGCAAGAAUCAAAACAGCAACAUGAAUCCAAAGAGGAGAAUCUGCGCAGGUCCAAACGGGUGGCGGCAGCAACAAGCCUGCAGCAGGAAUUGCUGGAGACAAAAGCAAAGCUGGAGCAGUGUCAGGCAGAGCUGAGCACAACUGCAGAAAAGUUGCAUAAGUGCCAAAAGAUGAUGGAGCCACCACCUUCUGCAAAGCCUAUCACUGUGGAUGUGGACCGGAAGCUGGAAGAAGGACAAAAGAAUGUGAGGAUGCUUCGUGCUGAACUCCAGAAACUUGGGGAAUCACUCCAGUCAGCAGAAAGGGCAUGUUGUCACAGCACAAGUGCUGGGAAACUUCGUGAAGCCCUCUCUAAGUGUGAUGACAUCCUGAUCAAACAGGACCAGACCCUGGCUGAGCUUCAGAACAACAUGAUGCUAGUGAAGCUGGAUAUGCGGAAGAAGGCAGCCUGUAUUGCUGAGCAGUAUCACACUGUACAGAAGCUCCAAGCAGCGCCAACCUCUUCAGUAAAAAAACGGUUAUGUGCUCUCAGUGAAAAUGUGCAGCCCAGAAGCCAGCCUCCUGUCAAGAAGCCCUUCUUGCACAACUUACUGACUCGUUCCACAACUCGGCCGGGUAUGACAGAGAGCCCCUAUAGUCGUAUCUUACAUGCCCGCGGGACUCCACCAUUCAAACCUCUGCCCUUUGGCAAAAAACACUGAGUGCUUUUGGAGUGCAAGGGUAUAACUGGGCAUUAGGAACCGGUUCCUAACUUUAUAUUUUACAUUAGUGUUAAGGCCUAAGCAAAUUAUAAAUCUUUUUACUUGCCAAAGAUGGUUACUAUGCAUGUCCCAUUUGUUUCAGGCCAGCUGCUACUCCAAUGUAUAUUGUGACUGGGAUUUAUUAUCCUUUUUCCUCUUAGUUUUGUGUUUCUGCAUGCCAAAUGUAUAUUCAUUCUGUGCUAAAUAACAUUUAUUAUCUAUCGUGUGUUUCUGAUUUCUAAAUAAAUUUCAUGUCUAUACAACCUCCAA